CUUCUGGAGAAAUCUAGAGACCCACAGAAACCUCUCUCUCUCUUUCCAAGCACUUGCCUCCUUCCUGCUUUUUACAGAGACAUACUCCUAACCCUCCCAAAGCUCCAGACUUUCAGGUUGUCUCUCUCCACUCUCCACCAAUCCAAUCAAAUUAAAUCCCAAAACAGUAAAAAAUCAGCAGCAUCCCAAAUUUCAUAAUUCUUUAGGAUCACAAACGCAGUGCAAAAAUCAUCCAUGGAAGACCACUUUGUCUCAGAAGGAAUGCAGAUGAAGACGAUGAAGAAGAAGAGGAAGGAGGUGGAGGAGCUUGACCAAGUCAACGAUGACUUCUCCGACUUCUCUCUGUCUUCACCUGCCAGAAAGAUUCGCCGCCUGGAUGCUCAUCUGCCACCCAUUAUGGAGGAAGAGGAGGCUGAGUUUUCAUUUUCAGCUGCUCAGAAUCAGCUGAAAUCAGAUGCUCCAUUUAUUGAGGAAUUGCCCUCAGAAAACCAAGAAAAGGCCAUUGUGCUCUUCAGGCCUGUCAACAAUACCCCAGUCUUCUCUGUCCAUUCUGACUUGAUUUCUGGCUUCAAGGACCAAUUUCUGCGCUCCAGCCAUUUUGGUCUGAGAUCAUCAGCUGAGGAAGAUGAUGAGGCAGUGCAAAGCAACAGCAAUCAUUGUAAAGCUGUUGUUCCUUGGGUUCCCAGUCAUCUAUCUCCUGCACCAUCAAUGGAGGUUUCACAAGCAGACCCUCCAGAGGAGCUGAUGGAGGCUGAGGAGAUGGAAACAGCAACAAUGGAGAUUGAAGAAGAGAGCCCAGCAGCAGGGCAAGCCAUGGCAGAUGGGUAUGGUGGUGGGAUGUGGACAAGUAAUGAAGGCUUUCCUCAGUGGCAGCAACAGCAUUGUAUGAUUCCACAGCCUCCACACAACACAACCACACCCAUCACAUGGCUGCAAUGAGACCCAAAGGCACAGGGUUUCUGGGUUGGAAAUUUGGAUGGUGCCUCAUUCUUUUUAUUGUAGUCUUUUCAACUAGGUUAUAUUUAUAUAUAGAUAUUGUAGGUGUUUUUGCUCACAACAAUCUGUUGAAACACCUAAAAAAUAGUGUUGUAAUGUUAAUAUUUGCAGUGUAGGAACUUGUAAAAGAAUGAUUUGCAUGUAUUAUGGCUUUAAUGAUCCAGUUCUAGAGAUUAAUAAUC